AUGACGGAUGAGUUCAUUUUAAAUGGAUUUCCAGAGCCUGUUACAGUGGAUCUGGCCAAGAAGAUCACACAGGAGAAGCUGUUGCAGUUCGCCGCGUUCCGCAACUGGAAAGACACACUUCGGAAGAACCUGGCACUUCAAUCUGACGAUAAGGACCACGCCUUCUCGAAAGACCCAUAUGUUCUCAAGAGCAUCGAAAUUCAAUCCGUGGACUACUUCUCGCCCACCAAAAUCGGUUUCAUAAAGCUCAAGGCUGAUAUACGAAACUCAGAAAACAAAGCACUUCCUGGAAUCGCUUUCCUCCGGGGAGGAAGCGUGGCUAUGCUGAUGGUGCUACGGCCAGUAGAUUCGAGGGACGAAAGAUGGGUGGUCAUGACAGAGCAGCCACGAGUCCCAGCAGGUAGUCUCAAGUUCGUCGAGAUCCCAGCGGGCAUGCUCGAUGAUGCGGGCGAUUUCCGCGGGCAAGCCGCGAAAGAGAUCGAGGAAGAAACCGGCUUCAAGCUACCGAAACACGAGCUUAUCGACCUCACUAAGUUGGCGCUGAGCCAGUCGAAACCCGAAGGCGAAUUGCUCAUGGACGAAGCCCUGCAGGAUGCCAUGUACCCUAGUCCUGGAGGGUCAGAUGAAUACAUCCAUAUCUUUUUAUGGGAGAAGGUACUUCUAUCCACAUGUCCGCUUGGUACGAAAUAG